AUGGUUGUCGGCCUCAAAUACGUAGACUGUGAAGCGCGUCUCGCGAUGCCUGAUCUCUUUCCCCUGGAGUGUCGUCGCCUCCGAGGGGACUUAAUUCUUACUUAUGCCCUGUUUGAACAAAGCUUGGCCAACAGGUUUUUCAUCGUUGACCCAGAAAACACACGGCGGGGACACGUCAUAUGUUACUGUUGUUCUAGCCUUCCGAUGAGUGCCUUACGGCCAGGUACGGCGUCUCGAUUGAAGACAGCCCAGGCGCAAAACGCUGUUGCGGCUAACAUGCCAGCGGGAAUCGCCACUCGCCUAACUACUGGCCUGAGGCCCGGCACUCGAGCUGCUGUUGGUGCCACUCUAAACACUUCGGUGCAAGUGGAGGAUCGUCCAAUUACACAACAGGGUCUUAGUGGUCUAAAGACCGCCACCCGAGGCACUCGACGUCAAAUUGAAGACAAACCUUAUUUCCUUGGCCUAUUGAGAGGGAAAAUCAAUGAAAUUAACCUGGAAAUCAACAAUCUGACACGCCAAGCCAUGGAUGCCGAGGAAGAGAAUGCAAGUUUUGUGCAAUAUGAGCAAAUGGCCGAAAAACUGGCUUUUGAAAUAAAAGAGUUACAGGGCGAACUAGGCGAUUACAACACUUUGGUGGACAAAGCUACUCUAGGGGAUGAUGUGAGUAACGUGGAACUCGACUGGGAAGAAUUGCGGGCCGCCAACGAACGGGCGGAGAGAAGUCUGGAAUCAUUGUUUGAGGAAAGACAAGCAAAAGAGCGAGCACUAAAGUCCGCCGAAGAGGAUUUGAGGCAAGAACAGAAUUUGUCGGAAACGAUGAUUCAGGAUAUGAGCGACGAUGAACGUCAAAAGUACCUUCGACUCCGAGAGCUGAACACUCAUCUGAUGGGGCAGCUGGCGGAUGGACAGGCCCAACUGGAACAGCUUCUGGCUAGACAGGCCGAACUUGAAGAAGACCUCUCCACAUCACAGAUAAAACAAGAGGCUAUUCGACUCUACGCGCAGCUACACGAGGCCGAGGCAAGACGAGAUCAACUGCUAGCAGAAGAAAACUCCAGAGAAGAUCCUCAGCAAGAACGUGAACGUUUACUGCAACAAGUUCGUGAGGACAAUCAGGAAAUUGCUAGCAUUGAGAGACAAACGCGAGAAACGCAGGAAAAGGUAUCUCACCGUGAAGAUGAACUGCACUCACUGGAGCAGGAGUUGGACGACAACCGCAGUGAACGCAACCAGAAGUAUCGAGAACUAAAAAAGCGGGAACAGCAGAUUGAUGAGUUCCUGAAGACAUUCGAUGAAGUUCAUGCACUGGAACAAUCCAGCAUCAGUGAAUUACAAGCCAACAUAGUCGAAUUGCUAGAGAAUACAUCUCGUCACAUUCAGAAUGCGAGCCAGACCACACCGGCUGCUGCAGCGGUCAGAGCUGCAGCUGGUGCAGACUCCAAGGAUGGUUUGGACCCGGUGCAGCAGCUGAAGGAACAGCUAGAAUUCAAGACCUCUGAAGUCUCAAAGUCGGAACGGACAGCGUCAGCCCUUUCCAAAGAACGAGCACGACUCAGUCAGGAUCUGCUCAAGGUUGACCAGUUGGAGACAAAAGUUAGCCAGGAAAUGGAAGCACUUCGCAAGAGAAUAGCCAAUAUGGAAGAAGAGAUAAAACGAUUUUCCGAUCUCGACAGAGUGAAAGAGGACGCCAAAACGAAAAGUGAGACACUUACCAUGGAGAAGCGACGAUUAGAAGGACAUCGUGAAAGUCUACAUAAACUCAAUCAGUCGUUGGCCAAAGAGUACAGUUCCAUCCAAAACACAUUAACCAGUCAGGACACGUAUAUGCAACUGACCAACCUAGAACGCCGUUGGGCCCAGCACGAGCAGACAAACUACGCCCUGAUGGAGUCGAUUGCAAACAAACGCCUGGAGACUGAUCAUAAGGGACUUGCUGCAAAAGCUUUGGAGAUGGUCAGGGCAUACAAUGAAUGCUUGAAAACCUCAUUGUCAGCCAAGCCUGUGGUACUCUGAGUCUAAUGCAGUUAACUUGUGUUGUGUUGCAUUUUUAACUUUGUUUGUUUCGUGAAAUAAUAUACGAUAUUUUGCAGCCA